AUGGUCAACCGUUCAGCAAAAAAGAAGAAAGAGGAUGAAAAUAAAUUAAACGAAGAAAAUGAAGCCAGACUGAAAGCCCAAGAGCAGGAAAAUGAAAGGAUAAGAAUCGAAAAAGAGAGCAAAAGACUGAGGGAAAUGCAGGAAAAAAAGGAGCUUAAACAACGCGCUGAUGAAUUAAAAGAAACAAGAACACUAAUGAAUGAAAUAAAAUACCGAUUACAACAACUUGAAGUGGAGUAUAGAAAUGAUUAUGCAUGGAAAAGAUAUUUUCUUUGUGAUGGUUCACCGAAUCCAAGUAUUGAAAAAGAAGUCAAUACAUUCAUGAGUUUAUGGGAUUUGAAUGAAGAACGUACAUCUAUGGAAGAUGUAAUGAAUGAUUGUGUUCAAAGUUUAAAACUUAUUGAUGAGUUGAGCAAAUUAAUCUCAGAAUUAAACGAUAAUGAUGAAGAUAAUAAAGCUCGAGUUAAAUAUGAACAAACAAAACAUGAACUACUACAACAGGUACAUAGUAAACUUGACAGAGCUACAGUUGAAACAUUGUCAAGAGCUGUUCAUUAUGCAGAUCAUGAAACAUUGAAUCUACAGAAAAUUUGGUAUAAUGACUGGAUUGUAAUGUGUAUUUGGGGGAAUUUAUCUAAAAAUCCAAGGAUUAGAUACUUUACAUUCCCAGAUAUUGAUGUCACCUUUGAUAUACCAAAGAUUUUAACACUUUCUGAUUGUGCCUUCUUGAUAACUUUCAUGAAAUUUGACAAUUACUCCAUUCAAUGUCAAUCAUAUUACCCAUAUAAAAUGCCGAAAUCAAUUAUUGAAUCAUCACUCGUGGAAGAGACUAUGCCAGAAGAUCAUCUUCUUAUUGGAGAUAAUGGUCAAGUAACGGACAAUCAAACUGUAGAGAAUUUAUGCUCUGAUGAAGAUCAAACAACUGAAGGAGAAGAAGUGGUCGAAACACCUUUAGAAGAUCGAAUAUCUACUCCAGAGCCUGAUGAAUGGGUUAAAGUGAACAUGGAAGAAGACGCUGUUGAUUUAGGCAAUUAUCAUGUUGUUGGUGGUGUAAUCCGCUUCGAUCUUCUCACAUUACCUCGACAACCAAGAUCAGGACGAGGAUGGACUAUAACUACUUGUGUAAAACCACCAAAACUUCGACCAUUCGAAUAUGUGGUUGAAGAGCCAUUAAAAACAGCUGAACAGAUGGCAUCAGACGCAAAAACAGAAGCUGAAUCAGCUAUCGGUGAAAUGUCUCGAAAGCAAGAAAAGGAUAGGAAACCACCAGUUCAAGUUAAAAUUCGGUUACCAAAGUGUUUAGUCAUAGCAGAAGAUCCUGUAUUGGCUAGAUGGGAUCAAGAGAAAGCACAAUGGCGUACAAGUGGUAUUCAAUUGAUAGAAUUUAAAGAGAAUGAUAAUAUUAUUGUAUUUCGUACAAGUGUAUUUGGUACAAUUGCAGUAUUUCAAGACUAUCAUAUUAAUAUGCCAUUUCAGUGUUGGGAACUGCGUCCCUUACCAAUAAGGAUUUGUACAGCAACCAGUGCACAGAAUUCCAUAAAUGCAGGUACAAUGGAACUUUCUGCUAAGCGUGUAAAUGCUCCAGUUGUGACGAUAGCUGGACAUUCUACUCCAUCAGUAUACAAAUCUCAAACAGAAAUACCUAAAGGAAAUGUUGUAUUGGCUUCUGAAAAUAUCAGGGAGAAUGGUUUAUCUACCAUCAGUAUACCUGAGCCAACAAAAACAGAUGUAACUAAAGACGAUUCACUGGAUAGUAAUAAAGAGCUUAUGAUUCUUGGUCCAGUAACCACAAUUGGAUUAUCGAAUGAAGUAUAUCUGUCUGAAUUACCAGAGACCAAUCAAUGCCUACUUACAAUAACUGGUGGAAUCACGGAUAUCCGAUUACAUGUUCUAGGCGAUCGUGUUGCUAUACUUCCAAGUGUUACAGAAAGUGGGAUGUAUACAAAAGCAGAUACACCGUUAACUGGAACAACUGGUGUUAGUGGAGGUGGCGGGGUUGGCAGUGGCACAGGAACAGCAAGUGUAAGCACAACAGGAGAUGGAGUGAAUGAAACAGAACAAACUGGAACAAAUCUGUUAAAUCAUACUAGACAUGAAUUAAAACAUUUAUGGGGAAAUGAAGAUUCAGCCAGCCGAAUUGGGUGUAUUAAUAAGAAUCCUCUAGUUGAAGAAAGUAUGUAUGAAAAUAUGGCAUUACUCAGUCCAUCAAUGGCUUUCGGUUGGUCUAGAUGGAAUAGUGAAUGUGAUGAUAGUAAUACAAUCGUGGUAACAGCUGUUGAACAUGUGGACUGUGAAGACUCGGUGGAUGAGGAAUCAUGGAAGGUUUAUAGUAUAACAAGGAAAAAGGUAUUGCAAUUGAAAAUGAAAGAAUAUGAUGAGGAGUACAGUUCUGAGGCUAAUCCAAGUCAACCUUUUCAUGCAGAUUUUUAUCAUAUGUAUAUGGACUUCGCAUCUGAAGAGGGUAAACGAAGAGUUGAAAAAAUUGAUUUGAAAUACUUUAAGACUGUAAAAAAAUUACUUCAGUCUACUCGUCUUCUGAUUUUCUCAUAA